ACAAACCAUGUUCCGCCAUAAAGGCGCUGGGAUUACGGCCCGCAUCAUCCGUGUGUAACGUGGUGCGCAGCGGUGUCACUGCAAUCCGGUGUUUGAAGCAGCCCUUCGCGUGAGUUUACCUGGUGUCGGGAGCCAUCGCAUCACAAAAAAUGACAAGGGGCAACCAGCGAGAUCUUGCUCGCCAGAAAAAUGCCAAAAAACAGAUGGACCAAACCAAGGGUAAGAGAGGCGAGGACGGGCUGUCAGCUGCCGCCAGGAAGCAAAGGGAUGCGGAGAUAAUGCAGCAGAAGCAGAAGAAGGCAAACGAGAAAGUCGACACUAAACCAAAAUAACCACGGAACGUAAUGAGUUUUUAUUGAAGUAUGACUAUCACUAAUGUCACUAAUAUUGCGAGAACUGAGCUGUCGAUUAGUUUUUUAGGAUGUAGAUGCGUUGUAUUCGUGUACCUAAUUUUCUGUGGGGGGAGGUUAAAAUCGUUUGGUUCUGGAAAGUGUUAUUUUGCUAUGAAAGUAUCUCUUGACAGCUGACAUCUAAUUGCCUCCAGUUGUACAGAUUCCUAACUUCUAAAGUGCAUUAAGUGCAGACACGGUGCAGCCUACCUGUGCUGGUGUUAUUUUUGUAUCCUGAAGCCCCACUUUAAGUUAAUAAAAGGUAGCUUUUUAAUUGCCACUGGUUUGUCUUGAGCAUAGAGUUUCACAAGCUGUCUGUGGAGGUUGCUAUCAAUUACAUGUCUGUCUUGUAACACCGUCCGUAGCAGAGUGAUGAGCAUAAUGAUUAAAUGAAAUGUAUUAAGAUAAUGUAGACGAGACUUCCUUUUGUGUGCAAAGUACUCCUUUUAAUGUGUUUUUUUUUCACAUAGCACCUAUCCAGCAGGAUUAGGAAGCUUUCUACGGUUCUAUUGUUCUGCAUAAGCACCCAGUGCUGUUGAGAGAGACUUGACUAGCAAUGAACAGUAAAUUGAAGCAGAAAAGGCAUUUCUGCUAUCUUACUAAAUGGUUCACGCUGAGAAACUAAUCAUUUGACUUAAAAUAAUUUUUUUUUUUCGGAAUAAUAUGCAGGAAUAAUUACAAGUCUUGUUUAUGUAUUCACACUUUCUGUGCUUCCAGAAUGCAGGCCAGCUGUUUAUCCAGGGAUAACUGCUAAGUAAGGACUGGGCCACAGAUGGGCCUCAAUAUUGUACUGACCCCAUUAUAAGAGCUCAGAACAGAUUCCUGUGUAACAUCACCUGAGGUACAGUUCUAUGCUAGUUCUUGUGAGCUUCAACGUGGGUUUUGUAGUAAAGAGGUCAUAACAGGACGAGGGACCUAGGUUAGGUACAAUGGUGUCGUAGUGUUUGACUGCACGUUUGCUCUGAAAUGGUUCACUGGUGAUUUUCACACAAUGACUGAUUAACAGGAAGGAAAGUGUCCCAAAAUGAAAACAGCUGUAAGGUGGAAUCUAGAAAAAUGUGUGGGUGAGGAGGGGGGAAUCUUAAGUGAUCUACUUUGCAAUUUGUGGUGGGAGAAAGUUUUCUAACACUAAAUGAAAGUUUCCAAGCCUACACCCACCCACAUGCAGAUCGCCACCUCAGCAACAAAACAAGCAAGCAGGACUGAAUUCAGGCACUAACACGGAUAUUCAUUUCAGUUUCCCCCAUCUUACUUGGUAGCACAUGAUCCAACCAAAACCACAGCAGCUUGUGUUUCAAACCUGAUUCAAUCUCAUUCACAUGCAUCAUCUUUUUGAUCCAAUAUUUUUGCAGCCAUUACAGCAAACAAACCUGUGUUGAAGGCUGUCAGCUGUGGUUAUUAGGCAAAUGCAGUAUCAUAAUUUAUAAUUUCAUACAUACAAUAGAAUCAGUCAAAAGUUUGAGACACCCACUCAUAGAAAGGUUUAUUUGUACAAUUUUCUACGGUUUACAGUAAUUAUAAAAAACUUAACUAUAAAAUAACAUGUAUGGAAUUAUGCACUAACCAAAGAAGUAUUAUACAAAAAAAAAUAAUUAAUUGGGAAGGCAGCUCUGUGGGUUGGGACCCAAGAGGUUGUCGGUUCAAAUCCCAUGGCCAGCAGAGUGGUGUCUAUUGGGCUGUUGAGCAAGACCCCUAAUCCCAAUUGCUCCCAGGACUGGCUGACUCUACUUUCUCCUCUGCACCAGUUUCACGAGGUGGCCUCCUGGGAUGCUUCUCCAGCUGUCCUGAGGGAGGCCCCACGUUUGCUGAGCUCUCAUUGGCCACUUUUCCUUCACUCUGGUCAAACUCCUCCAAGGCCAUUUCUGUUGUGUUUAGGUCAGGCGGUCAGGUCAUGUUAUGUGACAGUAUCACCCUCCUUUGUAUAUAUAUUAUACUGCAUAAUAAAAAUCUAUCAUCUUUAA